UUUUUUAAAAUUUCCUACAACACUUCUUGUAGAAUAUUUGGUAUUAUCGGGCUUAAACUGCUUCUUUGGUUACAAAUACUUCUUUUUAUCGAAUCUUCGGAUGGUAAUUCAAUUAAUAUGUCUUUUGGUACAUUUUGUACGGUUUGAGCAAACAUUUGUCCUGGAUUGUUACAAGUCUGAAGUCAAUAUUCCUUAGUAAUUUGUUUGAUUUUCAUGCGACUUCUAUUGAACCUUUAUUAGUAGUAUGAUACUUUUCUUGUUCCAUAAACGUAUACUUUGAUUUUCAUAAUUUUCAAAUCGGUAAUUAUUAUAUUGCUGCACAUUACAAUGAUGAUUUUUUUUAACAUUUACAUCAAAUGAUACUUUGGCAAUCCUAGUAUAUAGUAUAAGUAUUCCCGUGUAGACGCACAUUUUUAUCAUUUAUGCAUUAUUCACUUAUGCAAAAUACUAAACCAAAUCGCUAAUCGUGUGCCGUUACAAAGUUGCGGUUGAUUAAUAUUUCGCAACAUUAUAACUACAGAUCCAACCUUUAAUUGAAGAUUGUGAGGUGGCAAUCCUGGCGAAUCAAUUGAGUUUAAAAAUUCCGGUGGAUAGUUCAUGACAUCAUCUUUAAAAUUUUAAUAUUAUAAUAAAAUAAUAAUACAAAUCAACAACAUGCUCGAUUAACCAGUAGCAACCAAUAUAUAUAUAUAAUAUAUAUUACACUGUUGCGCCACUGUUUCACUUUUCCAGAUUUCCUGCUUUUCCGGUGGAUUGUUCUAAAUUUUUCUCUCCCUAAGAACCAUCCUCGUACUUUAAGGAAUAUUAUAAAAAAAGAAUUAGCGAAAUCGGUUCAGUUACUCUCGAGAUUUACGCUUAGUAACACAUUCAGCGAUUCAUUUUUAUAUUAUAGACGAACAUGUUCACGUUCAAGUUCUUUGAAAAAAUGAAUGCGUUCAUUAUUUAGUCGUUCAUUUAAUUUUUUUAUUUUAUUUUUAAGAAUUAUUUAAAUACUAAUACAAAAUCAUAUAAUUCAUAAUAUUAUUGUUGCAGUCUUAUGUCGUCCCAAGCGCCCGGGCCCACUUGAAUUUCACAUAUUUUGUUGUUAUAAUUCGUAAUCAAAUAGAAUAUCGAUGUAUAUAAUAAGAAUAUUAUAAUAGUAGCAUAUUAAAUAUACAUAUAAAUGUCGUUCGUGGUCACGUUCUGUUGUGUCAAAAAAAUGAGUGAAGUUCACGUGACACACACACAUACACUCACAAACGACCAAUUUGAACCUGUUAACAUGCGAUGGUAUUCGUUGUUGCGUUAUGAAAGUUGAUGAGUACCGAACUCAUUAUGAAAUAGAUUAGAUAAGUUCAGUAAUAUUGAACUAAAAUGGCAAUCUUUUUAUUGAACGUAUAUGAACGGUGAAGUGUAAUAACUUUAGUUAUAGGGACGCUGGACGAAUGUUCUUUAUUCUAUACAUGAUUUUGAUUGUACCCGCUUGAUUGUGCGUGUUGAUUAUGAUGGAAAAAAAUAACUCAAAAGAAGACGCGUCCAUGUGUCUUAAAAGUUCUCAACUGGAAUAUUUGGAUAAAGAUAUCAAAAGUUUCGAAACAGUAAGUUCUAAAUACUUGAUAACCAAACCAGUAAAUUUGGACGAAGCUAUAGAAAUUGUUGGAUUUGGGAGUUUUCAUUACUACAUAUUAUUUAUUUGCGGAUCGCUUAUCGCAGCAAUCUCCAUUAGCGUGACGUCAGUGUCUUUCAUUAUACCGGCAGCACAAUGUGAUCUCCAAAUGACAUCCGUACACAAAGGAAUCCUUAAUGGAGCAUCGAUGAUAGGAAUGUUCUUCGGAUGUUUUAUUUCGGGUUACAUGGCGGAUUCCAAAGGCAGAAAGUAUACAUUGGUCAUCUGCAUGAUGAUUGAUGGUAUCUUCAACCUCAUAUCUAGCGUGUCUCAGAUUUACCCAGUAUUGAUAUUCUGCAAGUUAAUGAGUGGAUUUGGGGUGUCUGGUAUAACUGUAUUCUAUUCAUACCUUGGAGAGUUCGUGAACAGCAAAAAUCGUAAAAAAUUUAUAUGUUGGAUGGAAUUGUUCUGGACAUUUGGUGUUAUAUUACUUCCAUGCAUUGCAUGGAUAGUUAUACCACAAACAUUCAGAAUCGAAUACGGUUUCUUUUUGUUCAGGUCAUGGAAUUUAUUUGCUGUUAUUUGUUCUCUUCCAAGCAUAAUAUUCUCAUAUUUGUUGCUUCAAUUGCCGGAAAGUCCAAAGUUCUUACUCACCAAAGGUAAACGCCACGAGACCAUGGAUUGCUUGAAAUUCGUUUAUAGGUGGAAUAAUAAUACUGACGAUGAAUUUCCGGUGACUUCAUUGAUGUUACCUGAUUGUAUUACCGAAGAGAAUAAUAGCUUUUUUAAUGGACUCUACAAUAGUAUUCUGGAGUUAUUUACGUCUCAAUACAAAGUUGUAGCGAUUAUUACAUGUGUGAUACAAUUUUGCUGCUCUGCCAGCUUUUACAUGAUGGUUUUGUGGUUCCCAGAGCUGAUGAAUAGAUUUCGAUGGUAUGAAACAUUAUAUUCGGGUCCCAAAAAUAUGACAAAUAUGUGCGAUAUUGUGUCACUGUUUAAAAUUGAACCAGAAGAGAUAGAUCUCAAAUGCAAUGAUGAAAUCGAUCAAUCUGUUUACGAGAACAUUCUCAUCGUCGGCAUGGCUUGCAUACCAACAAGUAUUAUUGUACCACUCUUCGUCAACAGAUUUGGAAUUAAAUUUUUUUUAGUUCUAAGUUUUUUUGGGUCUGGUUUUUUCGCCGCUUGUUUGUACUUCAUUUCAUCAUCGUUCGAAAGUAUCGUGUUAUCUUCCGUAUUUGAAGCACUUUCCAGCAUUGGUAUUGGUCUAGUAUUUUGCAUAGGUGUUGAAAUAUUUCCAACAGAAUAUAGAGGCGUUGGCGUAUCUAUUGGUUCCAUGUUUGGCAGAGUAGGUGCAGUUCUUGGCAACAUCGUAGUUGGUGUAUUUAUAGAUGCACAUUGUAUGGAUAUAAAAGUUCACAUUUAUCGCCACGAUUAUCGUUAA